UACUGGAGUUCAUCUCUCCCUUUUUGUGCAUGUCAUCACUUCUUCAAUUGAUCGAGUCCCCCUACGGCGAUGGACUGGCGACAUGUCCGGGGUGUGACCCUGCCUUUCGCCCUAUGUCAGCUGGGAGUGGCACCAGCGCCCCGCCGCGACCCUCAUGUGUUGGUGGAAGAUGGGGGAAACGCAUCAAGCUGACCCUCAAGACGUCCUCCUACCUUGGGGUCGUGCAACGCAUAAACCCCAACAAAACGCUGGUGUUGGCGGACGUUGCUAAUGCUAGUAAUGGCUGUAAAAUCCCGGGCUCAAAACUGUUCUUUGGGCAUGAGAUUCUCAAUGUGGAAUUCACCAGUGAAGCAAACAGUGACAGUGGAAACGUUAUUGACCACCACUUGGAAGUGGAAGAGUUUCAGCCGUACAGGAAGACAAUGACAAUCGAUCACGAUGAAGGUGAGGAAGAGUGCAUCGACUUUAUUGUCAUUGAUGAGUUUCAUGAGAAGUUUGCGCCUGCUGUGAUACACAUCAAGAAGCAACACGUGAUUGGUGUAGGAGGUAAUGGAGUUGAGGUGUUUAAGCAUGGGAGACUGUGUUGGCUGCAGAUUGCCACUAAAAACCAGGUGUAUCUGUUUGACGUUCUGUUACUUGGAGGCCGGGCCUUUAAGAAUGGUCUCUCUAGCAUUCUGGAAAGUGAAGGCAUAUUAAAGGUGAUGCAUGACUGCCGAGCCAUUGCUGGAUGUCUGGUUGCUCAAUUUGGAGUAAAGCUAACCAAUGUCUUUGACACACAGGUGGCAGAUGUCAUGUGCUUCCACACAGAAACAGGCGGGUUUCUUCCCGACAGAGUCUCUACUCUGCAGGAAGUGGUUAGUCUCCACCUGAAGGUGCCCCCCUCCCAGCUUGUAUCCCUUCAGAUCCAGUCACAGCUCACCAAGGAGGAAAAUGAGAUGUGGUACGUGCGCCCGUGUCCUGUAGCCCUGCUGAAGGUAAUGGCUCUGUCAGUGAUCCACCUGCAGCCUCUCAGACUGGUGCUCUUGGAUACUCUUAUGACAGACUACAUGACUCUGGUGGAUUCAUACAUCACCAACAGCCACUUUGAUCCUGAGGAUUUGGAGAAUGUCGGCAAGGUUCUGGGAUCAGGUGUGUUCGAGCUCGAUCUCCAUCACUUUCAGAAUACGCGAGGUUUGCUGGCGAACGGACUCCGGUGCAGCAUGAGCGGCUGCAGGACUUAUUUCAGGGUUUGCUUGAAGAACUUCCAGAAGGUGGUGUCGCCCGGAGACUGCAUAUUUGGCGAGGUCGCCACACCUGUUCUGGGCAGCGACACCUUCAGCAUCCAGCAGCGGGACGCCAGGCUGCGUCUGCCGCUCAACGGCGCCUGGCCGGGUGCUUUCUCGUUAGUCAUUGAAGCUUGGUAUUCUCCUGCAGCGGACCCACCUGGAGACACCACCAACCCCGAUUUCUUGAUUAGCUCUUUUGCCAUCCAAAGACAGUUGGGAAUAGGGCUUGAGUGGUCCCAGGAUGUGCCGAGCGGGACGCAGACGGAGCUAAGGUACUCAUACCGCUUCAUCUGCAAUGACAAUUACUACGGGGACACUUGUUCCAUAAAAUGCACUCCAAGAGACGACCAUUUUGGCCACUACACCUGCAGCCCCGACGGGCAAAAAGCCUGUCGCCCGGGAUGGAAGGGAGAAUACUGCCAAGAACCAAUCUGCCUUGAUGGCUGCAGUGAAAGGCAUGGAAACUGCACUUUGCCUGGAGAGUGCAAGUGCAGAGAGGGCUGGCAGGGACUCUUCUGUGAUGUGUGUAAACUCCAUCCGUCCUGUAAACAUGGUACCUGUGCAGAGCCGUGGCAGUGCACCUGCAAAGAAGGCUGGGGAGGCAUCUUCUGUGACCAAGACCUUAACUACUGCACUCAUCAUAAACCCUGUGCCAACGGGGCCACGUGCUUGAACACAGGCCACGGCAGCUACACCUGCACCUGCCUGCCAGGUUUCACCGGGGUUAACUGUGACUCAGAGGUCAGGGAGUGUGACAGCCAGCCCUGUCACAACGGAGGCCACUGCGUGGACUCGGAGAACGGUUACGGGUGUGUUUGCCCGCCAGGGUUCGAAGGCACGCGCUGUGAAAACAAGGUGCUGACCUGCGCCGACGCGCCCUGCUUCCAGCGCGGCAAGUGCAUCGAGAGGAAUAACGGCAACAGUUACAUAUGUGAGUGUCCAGCAGGAUACACUGGACUCAACUGCGAGAAGAAGGUGGACAAAUGUACCUCACUGAAAUGCACCAACGGCGGACACUGCGUGGUGCGCGGCAACCUCCGACUGUGCAGCUGUCGCUCGGGCUUCACGGGACUGCGCUGCGAAAUCAACGUCGACGAGUGCGCCAGGAACCCCUGCGCCAACGGCUCCACGUGCGUAGACCGCAUGAAUGACUACACGUGCACGUGCCCGCCCGGGUACACGGGCCGUCACUGCGACAGGCCGACGGACCUCUGUGCUUCUCUCCGCUGCCUGAACGGCGGGACUUGCGUCGUGGGAGAUAAAGGCCAACCCACCUGCGUCUGCCCCGCCCAUUUCACCGGACCCCAGUGCCAGUCUGACGACGACGACGUCGUGCCCUCCGCCAACACGCCCCGCCCCGACGAGGGCUGGGAGUCGAGUGAUAAGCUGAGCUUGGUCGCCAUCAGCAUGGGAGCAGGCCUGGUCGCCGUCCUGGUGCUGAUCUGCAUGGCGGCGGCGCUGAUCCGCCACGCGAGGAAGCAGCGGGACGAGGGGCGUGACUCGGAGACGAUGAACAACAUCUCCAAGGUCGACUUCCAGAAGGAGAACCUCCUCUCCACGAUGGAGCUCAAGAACACCAAUAAAAAGAUAGACAUGGAGGCGGACUGUCCCAGGGAAAAGUCCAAUCACAAACACAUCAACCACUACCACCGAGACUAUAAAACCUCCACAGGGUACAAGGACGAGCUGUCCCUUCUGGACAAAGACGAAAACUGUGAAAAGACGACGGGAGACAAAAAGCAUUUGAGUAAAGAGUACAGUGAAAGGCCAGAGUGCAGAAUAUCGACGAUAUGUUCUCCCAGAGACUCGGUGUACCAGUCUGUGUUUGUAAUAGCGGAGGAGAAAAACGAAUGCAUCAUUGCAACUGAGGUAUAAUACAAGGAAGAUUAUUAUUAUUAUUAUUAUUAUUAUUGUUAUUAUUCAUCGUCGUCAUUGGAUUUCUUCUGGACUGUUUACAUGUGUGGAGGGACUGGGAUUUAUUUAAAUGAAAGUUGCUGCUCUUGAAAAUAAAAAAAAAAACUUGAUAACUGGAUGGAGCCGGUGCACUCGUCGAAUGCAAUAGUACUGAAGCGACUAAAACUUUGUGAGAAUGUAAAGACUGACGAACGAGACAAGAACUGCAGCAAAUAACGACUUUAUUGCGAUUCACUGACGUUUUUUUUUCCGAAUCAAAAAAAAUCCCCGCCCGAGUUCAUCCAAGACGGAUACGGUCGGUUAGAAAGAAGAGGAACUGUCUUCACGUACUCUCUGUCUCUCUCUGUGUCUCCGUGUUAUUGCAGUAAUCAGCAAUCGACAAAUCAACCGGCUGCCAACCAGGCCCCUCCCCCUCCCCCCGGUGGAAGGAGCCUUUAUUUUUUUUUUAUUUUGUCCUUUUUCAGUGGCCUGUGACGCGCUAUGCAAGAGAAACAAAAGAAUCAGCAUUGUGCUCAAUCAAAAAAAAAAAAGGGAUAACAAACUACUGAAAACGGUUCAUUUGUUUUGGAAGAAUAAUUGUUACAAGUCAACUGUUGUUUCUUUGAAUAUAAGGAAUGUAUGCAGCCUUAAUCAGACAGCCUUAAAUCCAUGGUUUUUCCCGCCUUAUCUUUGAUUCCUUUGCACAGCAAAAAAAAAAAAAAACAACAACAAAAACAACAACUGUAGGAUCAAAGCGAUCAUCGACAGGGCCUUGUUUUUAACUUUUUAUGCAAGAGCUUCGAUAGACAAGACAAAGAAACUCAAAGAGUGACUAUCAUACCAAGGACGCCUUCAGAGGAAAUUACUAAACCAAUAAUUGUUACGUCGUAAGAUUAGUAUUCUGUUAGUAAUUUAAGAAAGUGAAGCACUGACCCUUUGUCUUUUGUUGUUUUAUAAGAUUAUUUUGUAUAUACUGUAUAUUUAUAUGUUCAGAUUAGAAGUAUGAUGAAUCUGUUUUUAUUAAGUGGAUGCCCCUCCCCCCCGCCCCUCCAAAAAAGGGGAAUUUAUUUUUCAAGUGUUGUCAGGGUUUUUUUUGUUUUACAGUAUAUAUAAAUAUAUAUAUAUAUAUAUAUAUAUAAAAACAAUGAAUACAUAUCUGGUACACUGUUUGUUUAUUUGGUCGUCGGUGGUCGCGUGUACAUGUGUGGGUCGCAUAGUGAUUCUAGAAUAGUCCUAUUUUUUCCCGUGUAUGUCCACGACAACUGUGUCCGUGUGAUGUGAAAUCAGUGUGCUAGCAAUCAAUCAAUCAAUCAAUCAAUCAAUCAGUGGACAGUAUUGUAAUUCGGCAGCAAUGUAGGGGGGAAAACACACCAAGGAAUCUAUAUUUAAGAAAGUAACUGUAUGUGGAAAAUAAAGAGUCCUUGUGAUCUUUCUACUGUA